CUUGUAUUCAACUACAUUGUUCAUGCAAAAGGGCGUGAACUAUGAAGAUGCCAGAUAAUCAUAGAAAGGUUAUGUUUACCAUAAUAAUGUAUAACUUUGUACAGAAACGCUAUUGUGACGAAGAACUACAAGCACUGAAUAGUGCAAAGACUACAUCACACACAGUAUCAGUUAAAGGAAAGAGUCGCAACCAGCAAAGAGAUUGGCAUAGUGUUAACGAGAGAUAUCAAAUAAUAUACUUCAGGGAUCCAGGCGUGGAUCAUCUACGAAAAAUACAGGACACAAACUUCCGACGUAGGUACAGAUGCAUCAGCGAUGGUGGAACUGUCCUAGAUCACUACACGGUAUGUUUAAAGGUAAAGAAGCAUACCCAACUGUGGGAUUAGAGGCUGUUGCUGG